UCGCGCCGCUGCUCAGCUCCCCCGGGCGCGUCCAGCCUCGCUGCGCCAGGCGCGCCAUCCCCGGACCCGGCUUGCGUCCCCACGAGGACAGUGACCCCCGCCGCUCCACCUGCUUCUCCGCCCGCUUCCUGCCACCUUGCCACCCCCGGUGAGGGGCCCAAGAGAAAGCCUGCCCUCGCCCCCAGCCGGGCCCGGCACCCUUCCCGCCGCCUUGUGCGCCAUGGAUGCCCCGGAGCAGCAGCCCGACCCUGACGGCUACGAGCCGGGGGGCAGCCCCCAGGACGAGUUGGACUUCUCCAUCCUCUUCAACUAUGACUAUUUGAAUCCUAUCGAAGAAGAACCGAAUGCACAUAAGGUCGCCAGCCCACCCUCCGGACUUGCGUACUCUGAUGAUGUCCUGGACUAUGGCCUCAAGCCAUACAGCCCCCUCCCCAGUCUCUCUGGCGAGCCCCCCGGCCGAUUCGGAGAGCCGGAUAGGGUAGGGCCCCAGAACUUUCUGAGCCCGGCCAAGCCAGCGGGGGCCUCGGGCCUGAGCCCUCGGAUCGAGAUCACUCCAUCCCACGAACUGAUGCAGGCAGGGGGGCCCCUCCGCGUGAGAGACACUGGCCUCCUGGGGGAGCAGGCGCCCCUGGCGGGCGUGGCCGCCAGCCCGAGGUUCACCCUGCCCGUGCCUGGCUUCGAGGGCUACCGCGAGCCGCUUUGCUUGAGCCCCGCUAGCAGCGGCUCCUCUGCCAGCUUCAUUUCCGACACCUUCUCCCCCUACACCUCGCCCUGCGUCUCGCCCAAUAACGGCGGGCCCGACGACCUGUGUCCCCAGUUUCAAAACAUCCCUGCUCAUUAUUCCCCCAGAACCUCGCCAAUAAUGUCACCUCGAACCAGCCUCGCUGAGGACAGCUGCCUGGGCCGCCACUCGCCCGUGCCCCGUCCGGCCUCCCGCUCCUCGUCGCCUGGUGCCAAGCGGAGGCAUUCGUGCGCCGGGGCCUUGGUUGCCCCGCUGCCCGGAGCCUCACCCCAGCGCUCCCGCAGCCCCUCGCCGCAGCCGCGGGACGACGGCGCCCCCGCUGGGUACCCCCCCACGGCCGGCUCUGCCGUCCUCAUGGAUGCUCUGAACAGCCUUGCCGCGGACUCGCCUUGUGGGAUUCCCACCAAGAUGUGGAAGACCAGCCCCGACCCGUCGCCCGUGCCUGCCGCGCCGUCCAAGGCCGGCCUGCCCCGCCACCUCUACCCGGCCGUGGAGUUCCUGGGGCCCUGCGAACAGGAGGAGAGGAGGAACUCGGCCCCCGAGUCCAUCUUGCUGGUGCCGCCGACUCAGGCCAGCUGGGUCAAGCAGCUGGUGCCCGCUAUUCCCAUCUGCAGUAUCCCAGUGACUGCAUCCCUCCCUCCACUCGAGUGGCCACUGUCCCACCAGUCAGGCUCCUAUGAGCUGCGGAUUGAGGUGCAGCCCAAGCCACACCACCGGGCCCACUAUGAGACAGAAGGCAGCCGAGGGGCUGUCAAAGCCCCAACCGGUGGCCACCCUGUGGUUCAGCUUCACGGCUACAUGGAAAACAAGCCGCUCGGACUUCAGAUCUUCAUCGGGACGGCCGACGAGCGGAUCCUGAAACCCCACGCCUUCUACCAGGUGCACCGGAUCACGGGGAAAACUGUCACCACCACCAGCUACGAGAAGAUCGUGGGCAACACCAAAGUCCUGGAGAUACCGCUGGAGCCGAAAAACAAUAUGAGGGCGACCAUCGACUGUGCGGGGAUCCUGAAGCUCAGAAAUGCUGACAUCGAGCUGCGGAAAGGAGAGACCGACAUCGGCAGGAAGAACACACGGGUGAGGCUGGUUUUCCGGGUGCACAUUCCGGAGCCCAGCGGAAGGAUCGUCUCCUUGCAGACUGCGUCGAACCCCAUUGAGUGCUCCCAGCGGUCUGCCCACGAGCUGCCCAUGGUGGAAAGACAGGACAUCGACAGCUGCCUGGUCUACGGGGGCCAGCAGAUGAUCCUCACGGGACAGAACUUCACGGCCGAGUCGAAAGUCGUGUUCACGGAGAAGACCACAGAUGGGCAGCAAAUUUGGGAGAUGGAGGCCACGGUGGAUAAAGACAAGAGCCAGUCUAACAUGCUUUUUGUUGAGAUCCCCGAGUAUCGGAACAAGCACAUCCGCACGUCGGUGAAAGUGAACUUCUACGUCAUCAACGGGAAGAGAAAACGGAGUCAGCCUCAGCACUUUACCUACCACCCAGCAGUCCCAGCCAUCAAGACGGAGCCCAGCGAUGAAUAUGACCCCACCUUGAUCUGUAGCUCCGCCCACGGGGGCCUGGGGAGCCAGCCUUACUACCCGCAGCACCCAAUAGUGGCCGAGUCCCCCUCCUGCCUCGUGGCCACCAUGGCUCCCUGCCAGCAAUUCCGCUCGGGGCUCUCGUCCCCCGACGCCCGCUACCAGCAGCAGAACCCGGCGGCUGUCCUGUACCAGCGCAGCAAGAGCCUGAGCCCCACCCUGCUGGGCUACCAGCAGCCGGCCCUCAUGGCCGCCCCGCUGUCCCUCACGGAUGCGCACUGCUCCGUGCUGAUGCAUACCGGCUCCCAGGGCCAGAGCUCGGCUCUGCUCCACUCUUCCCCGGCCAACCAGCAGGCCUCGCCGGUGAUCCACUACUCGCCUACCAACCAGCAGCUGCGCUGCGGGAGUCACCAGGAGAUUCAGCACAUCAUGUACUGCGAGAAUUUCCCACCCGGCACCACCAGGCCCGGCCCGCCCCCUGUCAGUCAAGGUCAGAGGCUGAGCCCGGGGUCCUACCCCACGGUCAUUCAGCAGCAGAAUGCCACAAGCCAAAGAGCCGCCAAAAAUGGACCCCCGGUCAGUGACCAAAAGGAAGUAUUACCCACAGGAGUGACAAUCAAACAGGAGCAGAACUUGGAUCAGACCUAUCUGGAUGACGAGCUGAUAGACACACACCUUAGCUGGAUACAAAACAUAUUAUGAAACAGAAUGACUGUGAUCUUUGAUCCGAGAAAUCAAAGUUAAAGUUAAUGAAAUUAUCAGGAAGGAGUUUUCAGGACCUCCCGCCAGAAAUCAGACGUAGAAGAAGCCAUUAGCAAGACACCUCCCGUAUCUGACCCCUCGGAGCCUCCCGCUGCCCUCACCUCUGUUUCCUUUCCUGUCCACCUUCGGGCCCGGAGUCCACACGCGGGACGCUGCUCUGGCAGAAAGCUGACUCUGACUCAAGAGCUCGCCACCUCCCUCUAGAAACACCAGAGAGGACGCUCUGCCUUUCGAUUUGUUUUUGUUUUGUUUUAAAUCCCAAAGAGCAUCUCGGUUGACUUUUAACGGUGUGUCCCAUCCAAACCUUAAGUGCCUGCUGACCAAAAACACAAUUCUGAACGAGACAGCGCGUCGGAACCCGCCCGACCACGGAGCGUCCGGAGCGCAGGGCACGGGCUGGGCGGGGGCGGAGGACGUGGGCCCCGUGAUUAAACCCCAGCCCUUGCGUUCAUUUUUCCAGGUCACAGAUACAGCUCCUGUACCUUUUGAAGGAAAGGGGUUCUCCAACAGAACAAGAGAAAGAACGGGGCCCGAGUCCGCUUACAGCGAAGGAAUGCAGACGCCAGACCACCGUCCUUAGGGGUCAGCUAUCCCAUGCCACCGCCCCUGGGCCACGGCUCCUUUUUAAGUUCCCAUUCUGAAGCAAAACUGUCUGGCCCGUACCAGAUCACCUGUUAAAACUUCUUGGCGUUAAGUUAUGACAUGUGUACACUUUUUGCCUGCUUCGAAAAGCUGGCCAAGGCGGCUAAGGUGGAGCCUUCUCGGCCAGCUGCUCCUCGUCCUGCAGCGUGUGGUCAUGGACUGGAGACAGUCGCCCAGGCUGCAGAGCGAGCCCCGUCUGCUGCCGCCUGCAACCUAACAGCUUUCGGACGGUCCUGCUUGCUUUCUUCCUAACAGCCAGAGUGCUUUCCCAUGAAGUCGUUAAGAAGAAUCUCAAGCGUGUACAUUGAAUGUUGAGAAGGAAUGGCGGAAGGCCUAAAGCAAACCCUCCCCGCCCCGCCCUCCCCCAAAAAGUACAGGUAUUUUUAAGUAAAAUGGUUGUGGAAUGAGGCAGGCAGCACCCGAAGUGUUUCUGUGAGUGCUCCCUCCCCGCCUGCCCCGCCCCCCCCCCCCCGGAUGGAAGAAAAGGGCUGAAUUCUCCCCUCUCUGGCCUACACUCAAAGUAGGACACUCAAGCUCAGGGGUUGGCCCUGUGGUUAUUUUUUACCUGAACUCAUUCAAAGCCCUGCUCGGGCCCCAAACCCAUCUGCAUCAGCUGCCAGGUCCAGCACAGGGCUCAUCUGGAUAGAAGCAGGUCCGCUCACAGAGGCCCGUCCCUUAGAUCGAAUGACCAGGUGUGUGUGAUUCCCCCUCUCCCCCUCCCCCGGCUGUUUCUUACCACUGAGCACACCCAGGGUCUUCUAGAGUCUUUUUCUUUUUGUGCAAUUAUUGCACACAAAACCCUCGAAGUUCUCAGUGAGUUUUUAUCACCAGGAUGUGUUUUGUUUGCAUUUACUGCAGACACCCCAAGAGGAGCCGGGGAUUCAUUUCCAGCCAUUUGGCUGCUUCCCUAGUAAUCGACACAGUGUGAGCAUCCCGAGCACUCUCCACAAGGCUGUCCUUCCAGUGAUUUCUCAACCAAAUCUGCUGGGCAGAGGCCGAGAAGGGAAUCGUGGCGGUGAAGGGCCCGCUUGGGUUUUCUCCGUCUUGGCUUUCUCAUCAAGGUUACCCAGAGGCAAAACCCUCCUGCGAGCUGGGCUAGGAGCCCAGGAUUUGGUGACUGUGCCUGGUGUGUGUGGCGUCCCAGACAGAGGACAGAAUGUCCACGUUAGGGCCUUUGCAUCCACCUGUCUGUAACCUUUUGGUCAAGUCCGAGCAUUUAUUUUCCCCCAACAACUGGGGACCUCUUCUCCAGCCACCCCAAGCACGGAGUUUUGCGAAAUUCUUUUAAACAAUGACAGUAAGAAGGUAACGGCUGUUGCAAAGCUUCGGCGAUGCAAAAUUCUUCCUAAUUAUUACAGAGUUCCUGAUCCAAGCAGCUUUACCCAGAGACCUUUCCCGCCAGCAACACCGAAUUCACCAGGGAAGAGCCGAAGUGCUUGGCAAGUGACUUGUUCUCACUUGCCCUGGCUAGGAGCCAUUUUUUGCACAUGAGGGAAUUUGGCCUUUCCUCAGUUAUCUGAAUGUUUUACCCAAGUGCCUUCCUGCUAUUGUAGCAAAGUCGCUCAGCUUCACUGAGCACAGGGUGGAAAAAGACUAAUGAAUGCAUUUUCCAUCGGUUUUCUAACCCCGUUAGUGAAAACGGCCUCCUGAUAGUUCAAACUCCUCUACGUGUAUAUGUUGUACGUGUGUGCGUAUAAUACACACUCCAACGCUCUUUUUCUAAGACAUCUGAGCUGGAUAUUACAGGAAAACACUUCCAGAAAACAACUAUACCAAAUAGCAAAGGAAGGAGAAACAGAAGCACUGGUUUUGAGACAUAAACAGGCAACGGAACGUGUACUGGGAACUGACAGCUGUCGGGAGGGUCUUGUCAGUUACAAAUGCCAGGAGGAAAUUUUGCCAAGAGUAAAAAAUCCUCAUGAGAUAGUUUCAGGAUGGUAAGAGGCAAUCAUAUCCUCUAAGAGAAUGAGAAAGCGAGGAUGUCUAAGGUGUGUGUGCUGCACGUGUGUCAGAAGGGUUAGGUCAUGGUUAGGUGGAGGUUUGCACUUGCUACAUUCGAGGUGAUGUAAAUAUGUAGCUAGCACUUGCAACAGCAACCGGGCUGCUGAAUGUCGUCUGUAUCCAAAGUGGAUGAGUCUUCCUGCAUUGUACAAAAAUACUGCUGCUUGAUAAUAUAUAAUAGCGAUCCAAAUUAA